AUGGCGCCGCAAAAGAUCAUCAUUGACACCGACCCCGGCGUCGACGACGUCAUGGCCAUGCUUUUGGCCCUGAGCGCCUCCCCCGAGGAGCUCGAGGUCGCCAUGCUAUCCGUCACGUACGGAAAUGUUCCUCUGCAGAGCUGCCUUCGCAACGUCGUCACCAUGUUUCACGUCUUGGAAAAGGAGUUGCAAUGGAGAAAAUCCACCGGUAGGGCCGAGGGAUUUGAGGCCAUGAAGAGGAGCAAGCCCAUUGUCGCCGUCGGACCUGAGCACUCUCUCGAGGACAACUGCUUGAUGGCCGAUUACUUUCACGGUCUGGAUGGCCUGCACAACGUCCACGAAGCGCAUCCUCACCUCUGCCCAGCCGACACUUGGAAAGCCCUCUUCCAAGCAGACGCGGCGGCCGAGGCGCACGCGCACUCGCCCUUCUUCACGCCGUCCAGAGAGCCCGCGCACGAGGAGAUUCUGCGGAUCCUCAGGGAGAACCCCGUCGACACCGUCUCCAUCUGCGCCGUAGGCCCCCUGACAAACGUCGCCCUCGCAGCCGCCGAGGACCCCGAAACCUUCCUCCGAGUCAAGGAGCUGGUCGUCAUGGGCGGGGCCGUCAACGUCGAGGGCAACAUCACCCCCGUCGCCGAGUUCAACUGCUACGCCGACACGGUUGCCGCCGCCCGCGUCUACGCGCUGACCUCGUACAACCCGGCAUCCACCAUGCCCCCGGCCCCCGAGGGCGAGUUCGCUCUGCGCGCGUACCCGGAGAAGCUCUCGCGCCAGCUGAGGCUGACCCUUGCCCCCCUCGACAUCACCACCCCCCACCUCAUCAAGAAGCAUUUCUUCGCCGAGCGCAUUCAGCCCUACAUCGACGCAGGCAGCCCCCUGGCCACGUGGACGUCGCACUUCAUCAAGGGAGCCUUGAGCCAGAUCGAGAAGAUGCGCGGCGACGGGAGCGAGCCCGGGCUCUCCCUGCACGACCCCCUCACGAUAUGGUACAUGCUGACCCACGACGACCCCAAGUGGAAGUUCCCCGCCAAGCUCGAGGACAUUCGCGUCGAAACCUCGGGCCAAUGGACCCGCGGCAUGCACGUCGUCGACAAGCGGCUCCGAAGCCGGCCCGCCGAGCUGGCGGCCCUGGCAUCCCCCGACCCCCGAGACGAUCCCAGCGUCGUCGACCAGGACGAAGCCCCGGGCGACACGCUCGGCUGGCUGAGCGUCCUCAAGGGCAACAGAGUCAAUCGUCUCAUCGGGUCCCCCGGCGAGGACAUCUUCAAGGAUGUUUGGAUGGAGCGCGUGUUUGCGUGA